AUGUGGGAAAUUGGACGCUUAUAUGAUUUUACAUUUUUAAUGAAGAAUCAAAUUAGUUGUCAGUUAAUGGAAUUAUUAAGGUGCUAUAAAAUAACUGAAGAAAAAUUGUUGUAUAAGGUACUGAAACAAAUAACUGGUAGAGUUUUAUUAGAAUUCAAAGUGCUUAUUUGGGAACUAAGGAACGAGUUACAAAUAAAGGAAGAAAAGCGGUGCGGUAUUAGCGCUGUCUCUUAUACACAUCUAGAUGUGUAUAAGAGACAGANUGAAGAAAAAUUGUUGUAUAAGGUACUGAAACAAAUAACUGGUAGAGUUUUAUUAAAAUUCAAAGUGCUUAUUUGGGAACCAAGGAACGAUUUACAAAUAAAGGAAGAAAAGUGUUGCGGUAUUAGCGGUAAAGAUAAAAAAGCUAAGUCACAUAGUAAAUGCACUGAAGUGGGUGUUAAAAAUGUUGACUGUAAUAUGUUAGAAAAUAAUUGGAAUAAAUGGAAUGAUUUGGCAUUCCAUCGUGGUGGAUAUGAUUUAGUUGAAAAGUUAGAUGAAAUAAAUACGGAACAAAAUGAAGUGAUAAUUAAUGAAAAAAUGAGAAAAGAUAAUGAUGCUAUAGUUGAUGAUAAAAAAAACGAUAUUAUAAUUGAAGGUGAAGAUGAUGUUAUAGUUGAUGAUGAUAUUAUGGUUGAAGAUAUUGAAGAUGUUGAAGAUGUUGAAGAUAAUGUUAUAGUUGAUGAUAUAGAUAUUAAUUUACAGAAAAGAAAGAGAAAACGUAGUAAAAAAAUCAUAUUGCAAACAGACAUAGAUAAAUUACGGAAUAAAUUACACGCUAAUAAAUAUUUUAUGGAAGAGAUAACACCAGAAUUGGUCUGUUGUAAAUGUGGUAAAGAAAUCCGUUUAGAUCAAAAAUUUAGAGAUAAAAUCUUACAACGCAUGGGAUUAUUUGAGGAUAAAUAUCGAGAAUAUGUGCUUAAUAGUCCAGCUGAAUUUGGAGGAUCAAUCAGACCUGAUAUAGCCGCAAAAGAGUUAUUUCCAGAAAUUGUUAAAGCAAAUCUUAAACUAAAAAGUCUUGGUAAAAUGAGAUGUGCUGAUCUUAAAAAUUAUUUACGUGCACAUGCUAUACUAUGGAUAUUAGAUAAAACUACUCUUUCUGUUAGAAGUAAAACGUGUGAAAAUUUUACAACUAGAGAAUCGAGUAUUUGUGACGAAUGUGACAAAUUAAGAAAAAAUAGUCGCUUAAAUCAAGCAACGAAGAAGAUUCCAAUCGAAAAAAUUCCACCUCUUGUAAUUGCUAUGUUGCCAACAAAUGGAGAAUCAAAUGCUACGAAAAUAUAUGAUCUUUUAAUGAAUGUAUUAAUUAUGUCACGAGAUGCAAAUUAUAUAUUUGAUUUUAAUCCAAAUUCUAUAUCAAAUGAAAAUAUUGAUAUUUUGCGAAUAUGGCCUGAUGAUAAUGCUAUUUAUGAUGCAAUCAAAACAGCAUAUAAUGAUGCGGCUGGAUUUAUUAAAGCAUUAGGAAUUAAACUAUUAAAUGAUAAAACGAUUCCACAUUUUUAUGUUUCAACAUCACAUCAAUCAAUGGUAAUUUCCGAUCUUUCAAAGAACUGUAAUGAUGAUUUUGAUAUAGAUAAUAUUAGUGGAUUAGAUUUUAACAAUGAAGAAUUUGAAUUGGACAAUUUGAAUGAAAAUUCUUUUACCGAUGCAGCUUCAGAAGUAGCACGAUUAUCAAAAUUAGUAGAUUUAACAGAAUCAGAGUUGAAACAAAUAUCUGAUAUUUCAGAUUCAUCAAAAGUGGAAUUAAACCAUAUUUUAAAUACUACAAAAUUCUCUUCAUUAAUUGAAUUUCAACAAAAUGAAUUAUUUUAUACAAAUGAAUUUUUCCGAAAAGAUGGUACUUCAGAACCAACAAUUAGAUCGCGAAAAGAAAGAUGGACAGGAAGGAAAAAUUUAGAAAAUAUUGGAUUACCUCAAUAUAUUAAUGUCCCAAACAUUUCUCGUGCAAAUGUAACUGAUAAUAAUCCAUUAAGAGAAAACGGAUUUAUUUUAUAUAUAUCAAAGGAAAUUGCUACAUUUGUCAAUACCGACGGCAACUUAUUUUCUCAAAUAUGUAAAUCUGGUGGUAAUAUAUUUGCUCAUAUAACUCCAAAGCAAGUUAUUUAUCAUUUUGAUAACAGUUGUUUGGAUAUAAAUAAUGUUGCAAGUUUACCUGGUCGUCUAUGUUUGGAAGGAAAUUCUUGGGAAAUUUUUAAUUUUUUUUCACAAAAACAUGUUGUUUUUAUUUUGGGUAACACUUAUAGGAAAGAUUUAAGGUUACUAGUAAACUGGGUAACGUUAUUAGUAAAUUUUUGGCUUAACUUGGGUAAAGAUCAUAGUAAAUUUUUAAAUUUUGAAACAACCUAUAUAUAUAGUUUCCGGGGUCCUAAUGAUAUAUUAAAAACAAUAUUGGAUAAAUGGAUAAGUGAAUACCAAAUUGAAGAAUCACAUGAUGAAUUUUCAUCAAAUGAUGAAGAAAAUAUUAUAAAAAUCUCACCAAAUCCCUCAAGUUCAGAAGAAUCAGAAAACUCAAGUAAUAAUAUAACAGAAAAUAAUAGUCUAAAUAAUACCUUAAGAAUAAAUAUCUCAACCUUAGGAAAUUCAACUAGAAGUAAUAAUUCAAUACCAAUAAUGGCUACUAGAGAUUAA